AUGCUCCGACCUACAGUCCUUCGCACAGCUCUUCCUAAACGAGUGGUGGUAUCAUCGCUUCGAAGUGGAAUAAGAUUAGCUUCAACUUCACCUGUAACCACUUCAGGUACACCUGAUGUAGCUGAAACUUCUUAUAUCCCUAAUCGACUUGCACCUGGAGAAGAGAUUGAUCCUCAAUUAAAUGGUUACCCUCAAUUACCUUAUGUGUCUAUUCAGCAAAGAGAGCCUUUCGGUUGGUGGGAUCGUCAAGAAAGGAAAAACUUUGGUGAAGUUUUGCACGAAGAAGAAGAUGCGAUUGGUAUGUGGGGACCUGACGUCCACAAGACAUCACCUUCAAGUGCUUUAUUACAACUCUCAAUAGCAUUCUCCCUUAUCGGUCUCGCGUCAUUCGCAUUCAUCUCAUCUCGACCUGAAAGACCAGUAGCUCAAAGAUCAUACCCUUUCAAUGGACUUGAAAAGGAAUUAGGUGGAAACAUAGUUGCUAGGCAAGAGGAAGUAGACGAGGAGUAG